UAGCUGCUGCAACUUCGACCCGGCCCACUUGCCUGCCUGCCUGCAGUCUGUGUUGAUUGUACUUUUGACUCCCCCACCCCCACUUAGUCUACACGAUCUGAGUUGGUUGACUGAGUUGGUGGGCCGGAUCGGAGGAGAAUGACUUCAUCUAAUAAUAAUAAACACUGGCCGAGCAUGUUCAAGGCCAAGGGCGGCGGCGGCGGAGGGAAGAAGGCGUUGAGAGUUGGGGACAGGAACAACCCUUCCGCCGCCUCCUCCUCAUCCAGAUCUGGGCCGCCGGCCUUCUCGUCGGUGGGGCCCACCGAGGAGAGGGUGCCAGAACUGAAGGAGCGGUGGAACCCGAAGCCGGAGCAGAUUCGGAUACUCGAGGCGGUUUUCAACUCCGGCCUCGUGACUCCGAUGCGGGAGGACAUCAUGAAGAUCAGGGCCCGGAUUGAGGAGUACGGCCACGUGGCCGAUUCCAGCGUCUUUUACUGGUUCCAGAACCGGAAAUCCAGGAGCAAGAACCGCCAGCGCAAGCAGCGGCGCUCCGCCGAGCCGCCGCCGCCGCAGCAGCAGCAGCAAAACCCUCCUCCUCCUCUUCCUCUUCAGUCGCCGCUGACCGCCUUCGCCGCCCCGGGGAUGACCCUACUUUCGUCCACCUCAACCGCAUCGUCCUCCUCGUCUUCCGGCCCGUACAUCCAGACCCCUCCCGCCGAGGCCGAGUACCUCGCGGAGCUUCCCCCGUUCGUGUACCCCGACGCCACCCCUCUUGACGGUGGCGGCGGCGGCGCUUCUUCAUCGGCGGCGAAUUUCACUCAAGGGUUCGGCUUCCACGCCGCCACCGCCAUCGACGACGACCUCCCGGAAGCUUCUUUCACUGAGCUUCUCACUGCUGGGAACCCUUCCUAUGGUGGUUUUCCUGCCACCCAUCUCUUGGGGAAUUUCAACCAACAAUUUCCCUCUUCUUCCCUUUCUCUUCCUCCUCCUCCCCCACCUUUCCCAGGGGAGGGAAAGGUGACGGUGGUGAUAAACGAGAUGGCAUUUGAGGUGCCGGCGGGGCCAUUCAACCUCCGGGAGGCGUUCGGCGACGGGGCGGUGCUGUUCCAUUACGCCACCGGCCAGGGGGUGCUCACCAACGAGUGGGGCUUCACUCUCCACCCCCUACAGCAUGGAGAAUCCUACUGCUUACUCCAACCCUCACCUUAAUUAGCUCUACUCUCAUUUGAUCAGAUAUAGAGCAAAAAUGGGCAAAGAAAUGUGGGAUGAGAGG